CAGUGUUAGAAUGUGCGACGAGACCAAACUAUUGAAGGCUCUCUAUACAUUCACAGGUGCUUGAUCUCUUUCAGUACUAUAAUCAUUGAAAUCAGAGUGUUUCCGAUCGUUGUCAAUUGAUUACUAUCGACUAUUAUUUUAUCUCCUAUAGUGGUAGUCCUGAAGUGAUCACCAGCAGUUCUUCAUAUUUCGUUUUCGUCGAAUUUCAUAGUAUCUAGCUUCAACAAAAAGUGAGAGUGGUUCAGGUUUUUCAUUCAUAAAAUCAACGUUUGUCAGCGAGUAUUACAUGAACACAGAGCCUCGGAUAAGUGAGUGAGUCGGACCAAUUUCUGUGUUGUGUUUUGCGAAACUCUAUUUUGAGUGCGCGUCCAGGAAUAACUCAGUGACAGUACUCAAAUCCUUCCAAUCAUAGAAUAAAAUAAUAACUGCCUUUCAUGAAUGAUUUAAUCUUUCCCAUAAUGGCGAACGUUGACUAUAAACGCAAAAAAUCUUACUAGUGACUAUGUUAACUCCUCAGUGUUACGUUGUUAUUUAUUGUUGUGAUAAAGUUUGAAGUUUUUAUUCUAGUCAAUGUACAUAGACACUUGGACAACAUUCGUAGGCAUGGGAAUUAAAACCAUGAAAGCGUAUAGUAGGCAAAAAGAUUUACCGACGCAGGUACCACCACUGACGCCUGGUACUAACAAGACCAUGACGGAGGCGCUCAAAGCGUCUUUCGCGUCGUGGGAAAAGGAGCAGUUAAGAUUAAAUAUCACCAAAGAUCCGCAACAGUGGACGGAAAGCCAUGUGGCACAUUGGCUUCAGUGGGCAACCAAAGAAUUUUCAUUGGAAGGUAUCGCCCUCAAUCAGUUCAGAAUGAAGGGUAAAGAUAUCUGUACGAUGGGAAAAGAUGCUUUUGCUGCAAGGGCACCUUCAUUCGUAGGCGAUAUUCUGUGGGAGCAUUUGGAAUUACUCCAGAAAGAUGUGGAAAAAGAAAGAGCUCUUUCGGGUAACGUAUCGUCGAAUAUUUAUGACGCCAUGUGUGUUCCGGAACUGAACGCUUACAUCGAUUAUAGUCAAGCCGCCCUUGUGUCUGGGGAGGACCGGAAACCUGUGGUGACACCUGUAUCGAAUAGCCAUACCAACGCAAACUUAUCAAACAACAACUUCCUCCACGAAGGAAAUUAUGGUCAGUUGAGGAGCCCUGCGUGUUCUCCCUCUGAAGAAAUGAGAGAUGAAGGAUCACCAACUCCUGGACCUCCUUCAUUCUUGCAUAUUCACAAGAGUUCUCCUUAUCAUCAAAUAAAAGAUGGUUACAAAAGUUCGUGUCCGCCGAGUGAAUCAGGAACUUACAGCGGCUUGGACAACCUUCAGUCAUUAAACAGUAGUGGUGGAGGGGGUGGGAGCGAUCAACAGAACCCUUCUCACCUUUUCCCAACGUCUCAUUACUCCCCUGAAGAACAUAGCGACUAUCAGGCGCUGGAAGCGAGUCAACAUCAGCACUAUCUAGCUGAACAUUCUCCUGAAUUCUAUGCUGCCAAUAGUUUGUUAGAUUCCAAGUACCACCAACAAUAUGUAAAAAACUUCGUCAGAUCAGGUGCUGGUAGAUAUAACGAAACUUACGAGUCGUAUGGCUCCCCAUAUGACGGCACGCCAUUCCAGACAGUUCCCAGUGGAACGAGUAACGUAACCGACCAAUGGACGCACAAUGAUCUUAGUUCGAUAGUGCACGCACAUCAACAUACGCAUCCCGCUUUUCUUCCAGCAGGAAUGUCGGGAAGGGAAUCCAUGAACCCGAUGAGUUCAGAUACUAAACCUAUGCUCCAGAAUGGAAUGAUGGGUGGUUACCCCAGUAACACUUCUGCGGGAGGUCCAUGCUUCACAGGAUCGGGACCUAUCCAGUUAUGGCAAUUUCUACUGGAAUUGUUGACUGAUAAAACAUGUCAAGGGUUCAUAUCGUGGACAGGCGAUGGCUGGGAAUUCAAAUUAACAGAUCCUGAUGAAGUUGCCCGUCGUUGGGGAAUAAGAAAGAAUAAACCAAAAAUGAAUUAUGAAAAAUUAUCACGGGGUCUAAGAUAUUAUUAUGAUAAAAAUAUAAUACAUAAGACUGCUGGAAAACGUUACGUAUACCGUUUCGUCUGCGAUUUACAAAAUUUACUUGGCUAUAGCGCUGAAGAAUUACACGCUAUGGUGGAUCUCAAGCCCGAGAAGAAAGAUGAAGACUAAUUUCUUGAUCAGAUGAAAGGAAGAGUCUAUUACAGUGACAAUAUUUUUCUCAUUCAUUUGUGCCUGGAAUAUUUAUAAAUAAUUAGGAACACAUAAUCAUUCAUAUUAUUAUUAUGAAUAAUUAUGAACAUUUAUUCUUCAAAGAAUUGAAAAAUUUUAAAUUUUGAUCCUCUUCAUUUUGAUAUUUCUCUUAUACAAAUCAGAGACUGUUAUUGUUAAAAAUUGUGCAAAUAUAGUAUCAGAUUAAUUAUCAUAAAGGAUGCAAUAGGUAAUAUUUUCGAGUCAAGAUUCCACAAUAUGUAGUUAAGGAGUGAAGAAUCCAUAUAAAUGUGAUUCAUGUUGUGAUUAUGAAUUUCAUAUUUGAUUUUUCAGAUAGUUUAAUAUUUUGAAAGUAAUGUUUUUAGAAAUUAUUGAUGUUCAUUGUUCUUUAAUUUAAUUGAAUGUGUUGCUAAGGUUAUAUUGCAUCCACGCAAAAACUAUUUGGAAAUUAUUGAUUAUAACUAUCAGAUUCAUCAAAAUUGAAAACAACAAAUAAUAAUUUGUUGUUGUCACAUAAUGAUGUGAUUUCUGAAUUGAUUAAGAUAAUAAUUAGAUAUUGUAUAAAGCUAAGGUUCAAAAUAGCUCUCUAUAUUUUUAAUUUGAGAAUGACAGAUCAGUGAUUUGAUGAUCACACAAUUUGUAUAUAUCAUUAUUGUGAUAAGAAUGAUGAAAUUUAAGUGAAUUGGAAUAUGUAUCUUUAAUGAUGCUAAUGGCUGUUGGAAUUCUUGUACCAAAAAUGUUGUCUGAAAUCAUAUCAUAUUUUUAUACGAUACAGAAAUUUAAUAAUGAUGUUUUUAGUUGAUUCUAUUUGAAUUCUACUUUCUAUUUACAAAAUGAUAAUAUGAAAUGGUGAAAAAUACAAACAGUUCAUCUUUAAAUUUCAUUGAACUCUUAACUGUCAGUUCUUUACGAAUUAAUCUAAAAUUGUGUUUUGUCAGCAAAUAAUUUUUGGCAGCUCAAAAAUAAAUAUAACACCAAAUAUUGUUCAGUGACAUUCAGAGAUUUGCUCAAUAUCUUCCACCUUUCAAUUUUCAAUGGAAAAUUGGAUGAUGAAAUGCUAGGAGCUGCUGUUUUUCCAUUUGUUGAAACACUUUUUGAUAUGCAAUGGGCUGUGCUUUGAUAAAUUAAAGCAUAACUUCAUUAUGGUCUCAUUCUCUAAAGUACAUGUAAGUUAAUUAUUAUAACAUUUGACAUACUGAAAAUAUAGUGUUAAUCUCGUUUAAGGGAUUAUUAUUUCCUGUAAUUGUUUGAUGUCUUGAUAAUUCAUAUAAAACUAUGUAGUUUUAAAAAAACAUGGUCUCACCUUUAAAAA